GUGAUUGGCUAGUCCACAAUUGCCUUGUCGGAAUCAACUUAAGUGUCCAAGAUUUUGACUCGCACAAGCCGUUUGAACUCUUCACCACUCUACAAGGCGAGGAAAGUCAUGAAGAAGCUGUGGAUACUUGUACCUUUAACGCUGCUCUGCCUGACUUCUUAUGUUGCUGCUAAAAAACCUACCACUAGACCUUUAAACAUUGGUCAUCGAGGGAGCUCUGGUCGACUCCCUGAGCACACCCUAGAAGCCUACAGGUGAGACUGACCACAAACUCGUCGGCUGGAAGUACAGUAACAACUGAACAACCUUGACGACUGGCGAUAUCUAUAGAAAGCAAAGCGCUUUGGAAUUGCAAAUUCACCCUGUAGUAGCUUCACUCUAAUGAAAAAACGCGUGCAAAAAGAUCGCCAGGCUUACUUUAGCCGUUCCUAAAUUAAAGCGAAAGAUUUGAUUAGCAUGCGUUUGAUUAUACAUGUAUUAUGUAAUGGCUGAUAUUGGCGUUUUUCUCAAUAUUGUGGCGGCAUCAUUGAUGCGAAUAAUUUGGAAAACGCUUGAUGCAUUUAAAAUAUAACAUUGUAAGGUCAUUGAAAAUUAAGACUCCAAAUGCUCUGUUUACAUGUAGGUGAACAACAAUAACUAACAAUACAUGUCAAGUAUACUGGAAUAUUUUAAAACUAUUGCUCUUUAUACAAAUGUGACACUUGUUUGUGGAACUGUUGAGAAUGAGUAACAACCCAACUCCUUCGAAAGUGAUCUACUGCAUUUCCAAAAGGACCAUGCCAGUUGAUUACCUCCGAAUAUAUCGCGCGACCAUGUUAGCCUAAUACACAUCAUGAAAAUUCGUUCUUUGUUUAUGUUCGGGAUUAGAACUGACAGUGUUGAUUGAUUUGAUACAGCGUUCAUUUUCCUAUGACAUAUUGAUCUAUUUUUUAAAAUUUAAAAGUGUAAAAACGAUUUAUCUUUUAAAAAUCACAUAAUUAUGAUAUAAGAAACAGUUAAUUCUAUGAUAGCCCUAAGUAACGCAUCAGCAAGGCAACAAAAAACAAAAACAAAAACAAAAACAACCAUUUCAAUUUCAGAAAACUAUGGACAGGAGGUGUCUCCUGGAAUAAGGGGUCCCAAAGAAGAGGUUUCACUUUAUCACAUCUGCAUAAUGUACAAAGGAUAUUAAAAAGGGUUCAUACAAAAUAAUUGCAACCAUUUUUCAAGGACUUUUCAAGGGCCACAUUAGAUUUUCGAGGACCACCUACUAGGAAUAUAAUUUCACAGAUUGUACAAAAAUGCACUUUCCCAGUCUAUUCUAAUAAGACUUAAAGGCUUGAACUGCUUGCUUCACCAACUUCUCUACAUUGUCAGUUGAUUAUUGCAUAAAGCAUAGAGCACUAGAUGUAAAAUAACCUUUAAAUUCUCUGAGCUAUGAUUUAUAUUCUGACUUGGACAACCAAAAAGCAUUAGAAAAAUCUUUCCAGGCCACUGCAUUCAAAGUUGAAGAAAAUUCAAGGACUUUUCAAGGACUUGUACAGAAAUUUAAGGACUUUUCAAGGAAAAAUGGAAUUCAAGGACUUUUCAAGGACUUUUCAAGACUGUGUGAGCCCUGUUAAAUGCCAAGGAGCAGGGCAUUAUAUGAUUUAAUGAACUAUUCCAUUGUUUUACAACCAGAAGGUCAAAAUUAUUGUGGCCAUGGUCAACCUCCUGUUGCACCUCAGUGAGUGACCUGCUCUUCCAUUUUAUUGAAAAUAAUAACCUGUUUAAAACCAAUGGAAAGGUGCAUUAAAUUAAGCUAAUGUAUGUGGGAACAUCUCUCUAAAGGUUUUUUGCUUUUCCUUUUUUCCUAAAGGUUAGCUAUCAAGGAAGGGGCCGACUUCAUUGAAUGUGACGUCUACAUCACCAAGGACCUAAAACUUGUUUGUCGCCACGAGAGCUGGUUGAAUGAAACGACGAAUAUAUGGCAAAAUCAAACACUCCGAUCAAGAGUGAAGACUUAUAAUAUACCAGCAUCUGGUGACAUCCGAAACAAGACUGUCACAGAUAUCUUUACAGUUGAUCUCACCCUGGAAGAGCUUAAGACAAUCCGCGUUAGACAAAAGUACCCUUUCAGAGAUCAUAGUUUUGAUGACAUGUACCAGAUACCUACACUUGAAGAAUACAUUCGAGUUGCCAAAUCUGCAGACAGAAAGGUUGGAAUUUACCCUGAGCUCAAGAGUCCAGAGUGGAUCAAUUCUCUGGAUAUUAUCCGCCAUGCUAACACCACCUUUGAAGAUCUCUUUGUUGAGGUACUGCAUAAUAAUGGAUAUCGUGAGAAAGAUGCCCUGUGUUUUGUCCAGUCAUUCAGUGAAGAAGGCAUCAGGUCUUUGUCAACAAAAACAAGGUUACCUUUGGUGAUGUUAUAUGAGUACAGACCACCAAAUGAGCAGGAUAAAAUGAAAAAUCUUUCAAGUAUUUGUUCUGGUAUUGGUGUAUGGAAGAAUAUUAUUAUUCCAGUCGAUCAAAACAAUCUACAAAGUACCACGGAUUUUGUCACUAAUGCACACAACAACAACUUGAAGGUCCACGCAUUUACAUUCAGAAAUGAAAACAAGUAUUUGGCCUGGAAUUACAGUCAGGAUCCUUACAAUGAAUAUCAAACCUUCUUGAAUACCCAGAUUGAUGGCUAUUUCACUGAUUUCCCAGGAAGCUUUAAGAGGUUCCUGGAUAUGACAUAUACUGAACCUGCUUCUAAGCCUUGUGUUAGUGGAGUUCCUAGUGCCCACAGCUCUGGCAGAUUUUAUAAGCUUAUCCUGUCAAUUGCUGCCUUUUUGUUGUGUGUCAUGUCCUUUGCGUAGACUACACCAGUCUUAGUGUCCAGAGUUCAGGUCUUUAAUGUUAUUUUUUUCCAUUUCUUUUCAUCUCCUUGGAGGUGAAAAGUAAUUGGUCACUUUCAUGCUAGCCAAACAGCAUACGCAAAAAAACACUAUUCACUUUGCAGUAUAUAAUAGUCACAUUAGUAAAAACUGUGUUGCAUUAUGGUUUUCUCUGACUUUGCAUUUUUUUUACAAUCCACAAAUAAAAGUUUCUGCACAAAAUAGUUACAUAAUUUGCAGAUUUGUAAAUGUUUUCUUGAAAUGCAUAUUACUGUUCUCACAAUAUUUGUAUUGUGUUUAAUGCAAUCAGGCAGAACAACUUCUCAACUUUAAUUCUUUACAGUCAAAAUGGCAAACCAAGAAAACUCAGUGAACACCAUAAAUAUUUCUGGAAUGUUAUUGUGUUACAAGAAAAAAGCCAAUCGGGUGUCCGAAACUAAACCACAAGCAAGAACAUUUAAUAGUUGGGGGUUUUGUGGCUAGUUCACACGUCCUAAUCUUUACUGUGAUUGGUCAUAACAAAAUAAACAUUCCUAAAAAUAAAGUAUUCUAAGUGUUCAAGAUUUUGCCAGUUUGACUGUAAUAAUUAUUGCAUUCAGUGGAGUGCAAAAAAACACACACCCACACAUCACCAUUUUAACUCCAGAAAACAGAAGAACUACCUUAAGUGCAACUACAGUUAAAUAUCUAGUGGAAACAUUAAAAUAAUGUAAAUUUGGCAGCCAAAGAAUCUACAUUCUUGCAACAAAGGCAAAUGCUUUACCAGCUUUGAAUGAUAAGCUUGUCAAGAUGGCUUAGAUGAGUUAUGUUUGUUUUUGGAAGAUUCAAAACUAGGAACUUAAUACUUACAUGAACAGGAGAACGGAGUUUAUAUACAUGGUUAUAAAAAGAUGAAUCUCUCAAAUAAAAGUAGAAAGUGCAGAGGCAUUUUAGGGUAAUCUAGCUCAUUAACCAUAAAGUAUAUACUACAGCUGUAGGUCUACCUUAUUUCCCACCGGCAAGAAACUUUGUCAUUGUCACUUAACCUUAGUAUUAAUCAGGUUCUCUAGCAAGAAAGCACGAGCAGACAGGAAGGGAGAAACGUAGAUCACUUGCUCUUUUUUUGCCCAUACUCUUUUUGCCUGUUCACAGGCUAAUGGUAAUUUUAGAGGAAGACCCCU